AUGAUGUUUAUGGUGUGUCUGGUGUUGCGGGUUGUUUAUGGUGAAGAGGAAAUAAGAUGCAUACCAGAGGAGAGGGAAGCACUCCUCCAAUUCAAGGCUGCCCUUCAUCUUAACAAAGGCAUGCUCUCAUCUUGGUCCACUCCUCACUGUUGCCAAUGGGAGGGGAUUCGCUGCAGCAACCUCACCGCCCAUAUUCUAAGCCUCCACCUUCACGGAGAAUCUGUCUAUUAUGGAAGCUCUGGACGUUAUAUCAGCGGAGAGAUCCACAAUCACAUCCCAGAGUUUCUUGGUUCUUUCAGAAACUUGAGAUACCUUGAUCUGUCAUCAUGUUUUUUCGGCGGAAAAAUUCCAAGUCAGUUUAGGUCUCUUUCUCAUUUGAAAUACUUGAAUCUUGCUGGGAAUUCUCUGGUGGGUUCAAUCCCUCGUCAACUCGCAAAUCUCUCUCAGUUGUGGUAUCUUGAUCUUGGGUACAAUAUUCUUUUGAAGGAAAUAUACCAUCUCAGCUUCGGAACCUUACACACUUAG